AUGAGAGCAAAUUUUAAUUUGAAUAGUCAGGGUUCUACUCGAAAAACACCAGGAAUAGCAGCCGAAAAAUCUAGCCUCUAUAGAUAGAUAGCCAGUCGAGAAGUCUAGAAAAGAUCUCCAAGGAUUUAAUCCCAGGCAGUUAUACCCUUGACAUAACUAAACAUUGCAACUGGAUCAACUAAUAAUACUGAUAAUACUUUUUCAGAAGUUUAAAGCUUAUUGAGAGGUCUCUUUGCAAGCACAAACAAUGACCAGAGAGAUGUUCAUCUUAAUAACUCUAUUUUAGAUAUUUCUGAUUACAGAAUUGACGAUAAGGAUGCAACAAUAUAGAGAUUAUAAGAUACGAAUGAAGAAUUAAACAAUCAGCUUAAGUUAUUAUCGAAUCGCUUGGAUGAUCUCAUGUUUAAAGUUAAGUAAAAGUAGCUUUAAGAUGACAAGGAUCUGCAAAAACUUGCUUAAUGCGGCCAUGAUGCUAUUUUAUAAAGACUCUAAAAGCAAGUCAAAGAUAGGGAUGAUGAUAUUAAAAAAAUAAAGGAUCGUAUGGAUGGAUAAAUUAGGCUAAAGGAAAGAGAGAUAACUAAUACUUAAGAUAAGAUCUAGCAGUCGAAAAAAGAACUAGUUGCUAUCUAAAAGAAGUCAUCAAUGACAGACUCAGAAAGGAUUGUGGAUUUAGAGUAAAAAAUAAUAGGAACUGAGUUAAAGAUCAAAGAUUUACAGAAGGAAAUAAAGAACUUAAAAAAGAUUCAGCAUGACUAAGGUAAUGAGUUACUCGGCUUAGAUAACAAAGAAGAAUAUCCUGAGAAGAUAAGAUCAUUGAUGGAAGAAGUGAGAUGGGCUAAGGACAAGUAAAUUGAACUCUAAGACAAAAUUGCGGCAGAGGAGAAAUAGGUUAAAAGAUAGAAGGAACAUCUGCUAAACCUUGAAGAUUCGAAGAAUGAGUUAGACUAAAAAUACAGACGAUAAGUCAUGAAAUUGGAAAACAAACUAUUCACAAUGAAAAUGAAGGAGCUAGCAUAAAAUAAAGAUAGAUAAUUACAGUAAUAAGCGUCACUUCCUAUGAUAAUGAGGAAUUCACCACGAAGAUAGGUUAAGUCAGCAACUAGAAAUAAAAAAUCAUCUAUCUCCUCAAGGACCGUCAUAAAUCAUUAAGGGCCAUUCACAUUAUCGAAUAAUAAUUUAGAUCAAUCUAUCGAUGUAUUGAAAAAAAAGAAAAACAUCAACGAAUCUUACUCAUUCCUUCUUGGAAAGCUAGACAGAUCUAGGUCUAAAUUAAAGCCUGAAAAAUCGUUAUAAAUGCACCAACCAAAUAAGAAGGGGUAAGGAGACUUCUCAUUAGAUUAUGGAAGCGUCUAAAAUAUGAAAAGCAAUUCAAUCCUAUUGCCAUAAAUGAAUAUCUAUGGUAAUAAUAGUCGAAACUAGAAGUAACAGUUUAAAACAAUUGAUUCCACGCCUAAGAUAAGAAUAACUCAGCCAAUAACUUCUAUUCAAGGAAAUCACAAUCCUAUCUAGCCAUAUUAGACAGUAAGGUAAAGUAAGAAUAGCAGCAUCAGAGGAGGUAGUGAGAUGAGAAAGAGUCAUAAGAGGGUUGAAUUUAUGGAUGAUACAGAAACCAGUAAUCAUCACAACAGGCUAGAAAAUUCUUUUGAUAUAAAACUUGAUACAACAAUGCAGCCAUAACCUAAUCUCAAUUUCGGAACGAAUAGAAGCUUAAGAAGAAAAAGAGGAUAAGAUGAACUUGAAAAUGGGAACAUCUAGCUUCCAGAAUUCAAGAUUAAUCUUAACAAUAACACUGAUGAUAUUUUAUAGUAACUCAAGAAUAACCUCAAUAAAAUAGUAUGA